AUGCCCAAAGAUAGUAAACCUGGAGCACAAGAGCGUCAAAAGAGUUUACUAUUCACGAACAGUCAAAAUAAUCAAUCGCCUUCUAGUUCUGUGAAUAGUAGUCGUUAUCGCAAAUUUUUAAUACGCGGCCGCACAACAGUGGGUGCACAGGGUUCGGUAGUAACUAAUAGUGGUGCACGUGAUCAGCGCGGCACGCUACGUUCAUCAACACAAUAUGCUGCAACUAGUACUAACUUAUUAUCAACCGGUACAAUUUGCAGUGUGUCCGUUGGCAUAAAUUCAAAACAUCUAAAAGUGUCUGAAGUUCAACGAAAAUUUCCCCUUUGGCUACCUGAGUACAAAACGAAUGCCUUCAAUGCUUCUAUGGAUGAAAAAUAUGUGGAAUCCAUUUGGGCAAGCUUAAAAAAUGCUAUUCAGGAGAUUCAAAAGAAAAAUAACUCUGGCCUAUCGUUUGAGCAAUUGUACCGCAAUGCCUACAAUAUGGUGCUUCAUAAGCACGGCAAUAGAUUAUAUUAUGGAUUGCGAGAAGUUGUAUCCGAACAUUUGGAGCACAAGGUACGCCAGGAUGUGCUGGAAAGCUUGCAUAACAAUUUUCUUCCUAAGCUGAAUCAAGCGUGGAAUGAUCAUCAAACGUCUAUGGUAAUGAUCCGAGAUAUAUUGAUGUACAUGGAUCGUGUGUAUGUACAACAGCGAGAGGUCGAUAAUGUAUACAAUUUGGGGCUGAUAUUAUUUAGAGAUCAAAUCGUGCGAUAUUCGGAAAUUCAAAAAGCUCUACGAGAAACUUUACUCGGCAUGGUUAUGGAUGAGCGAAGCGGAGAAGCCAUUAAUCAUUUAGCUAUUAAAAAUGCUUGUCAAAUGCUUAUGUCACUAGGAAUAAAUACAAGAUCAGUUUACGAAGAUGAUUUUGAGAAACCAUUUUUAGCACAGUCUGCGUCCUUUUAUAAGUUUGAAUCCCAUAAAUUCCUCAACGAAAAUAAUGCUGGCGUUUAUAUAAAGAAAGUUGAGACCCGCAUACAAGAGGAAUCUGCACGUGCGGCACUUUAUUUAGAUAAAGACACUGAACCUCGUAUUGUAAAAGUUGUCGAAGAUGAACUUAUUAAGAAGCAUAUGCGUACCAUUGUCGAAAUGGAAAAUUCUGGUGUGGUUUACAUGAUAAAAAAUUCAAAAACCGAAGAUCUGGCAUGUACCUACAAAUUAUUUUCGCGUUUAAAAGAGGAAGGUCUUAAAGUAAUUGCCGAUACAAUGUCAUCAUAUUUGCGAGAACAGGGCCGAAUACUAGUUAAAGAAGAGGAAAACGGCAAUACGAAUCCAAUAACUUUCGUACAGAAUUUGCUCGACUUGAAGGAUCGUUUUGAUCAAUUUUUACAUCAUUCAUUUAACAACGACCGAUUAUUUAAAAAUGUCAUUUCGGCAGACUUUGAGCAUUUUCUUAAUUUGAACCAGAAAUCUCCGGAAUAUCUUUCAUUAUUUAUUGAUGACAAACUAAAGAAGGGCGGCAAAGGCAUGAGCGAACAAGAAAUAGAAACUAUAUUGGAUAAAACUAUGGUACUCUUCCGAUUUCUUUUGGAGAAGGAUGUUUUUGAACGUUAUUACAAAACACAUUUGGCCAAACGUCUGUUGCUGAAUAAAUCAGUCUCUGAUGAUUUCGAAAAGAAUAUGAUAUCAAAAUUAAAGACUGAGUGUGGAUGUCAAUUUACCUCAAAACUGGAAGGAAUGUUUAAGGAUAUGUCUGUGUCAAAUACAAUUAUGGAGGAAUUUAAAAAUUACGUAAAUAUACACAAUCUAUCACUAUCGGGUGUAGAAUUGACUGUAAGAAUAUUAACCACAGGAUUUUGGCCUACUCAGACGGCGACACCUAACUGCAAUAUACCAUCAGCACCACGUGAAGCAUUUGAAAUAUUUAAGAAAUUCUAUUUGGAUAAGCAUUCAGGCAGACAGUUGACAUUACAACCACAAAUGGGUACGGCUUAUAUUAAUGCUGUUUUCUAUGGACGUAAAGCGGACAACGAUAAAGAUAAAGAUGGUCCCACUUCAAGCAUGUCAUCCAGCUCAAACGGUUGCACUGUACCAGCAAGCACCCGUAAACACAUACUGCAAGUGUCGACGUAUCAAAUGUGUGUUUUAAUGCUAUUUAAUAAUCGAGACAUUUUAACGUAUGAGGACAUACAACAGGAAACAGACAUUCCCGAAAGGGAGCUAAUACGUGCACUUCAGUCGUUGUCAAUGGGCAAGCCGGCACAGCGAUUACUUGUACGAAACUCAAAAACGAAGACAAAAGAUAUUGACCCUACAGAUGAAUUUUACGUAAAUGACGCAUUCGUUUCCAAAUUUCACAGGGUCAAAAUUCAAACAGUUGCCGCCAAGGGCGAGACUGAACCGGAGCGCAAGGAAACGCGCGGAAAAGUCGAUGAAGAUCGCAAACAUGAAAUUGAAGCGGCUAUUGUUCGGAUAAUGAAAGCAAGAAAACGUUUGGCGCACAAUUUGCUUGUUUCUGAUGUUACAUCACAGCUAAAAUCGCGAUUCUUGCCGUCUCCUGUUUUUAUUAAGAAACGAAUAGAAGGCCUUAUCGAAAGAGAAUAUUUGGCAAGAACGCCCGAAGAUCGAAAAGUUUAUAUUUAUCUGGCCUAAACUCUCAUAUACAUACAUAAUUAGUUGUGCUCUAAAAGAAAAGAAAAGUAAAAAAAAAAGAAAAGCGGACAAGUAUAGCAAAAAAGGGUCUUAAGCAAAGAAAAGCAAUUUAUUAGGACUAUAGUUUUAUUGCUGCAUCAUCAUCCACAUAAAAUAGAAAAUAGCUAUUGACACUUCCUCAACUUACCUAUUCGCCAUAUCUAAUUUGCAUACAUUUAUCGGAAUUAUUUCUACUACUAAUUUUCAUUUUUGCGCUAUCAAAUAGUAUACAUAUUUAUAACAUUCAAUGUCGCCAAACACUCGUCACAUAUUUACAUUUAUUUGUAUGUAAUCCCGCUUCAUGAAAUACUGAUUUUAUAACUUUCAAAUAAGAAAUAUUUGCAGAAUACAAAUAAUUUUCAAAAACGGCGGUUGAUUAUUUGUGCGAACAGCAGAAAGUUAACUUACUCGUCGAUAGGCGCAUGCUUUGGGAAUGGAUGAAAAUUGAAAAUAGCCAUUCGGUUAUGAUUGUGUGACCUGGAAAAAAUUAUUUAAUUAUAAAUUAAUAUGUAUAUUUAAAUUAUUUUUAAAUUCGAGACUAAGUUUUUGGUUGAGCAAUGUCCGGUUAGCCACAAUUACGAAUUUGAACCAACCAAUAACAACGAUAGCAAUCUGAACAAAGAAAAAAAUAACAGUAAAAUUAGCAGAAAACAAAAUCAAAAUUUUAAUUCUGUUUGGUGAUUAUAUUUUGAAAUGAGUAAAUUAAUAAUAAAAGAUAUUCAUGAAAAUAAAAUCCAAUCGAUUCCGAAGAUACUGGCGUAUAUAAAAGUUAUACAUAAUUUCAAAUCGUUUUUAUUGUUCGCUUUCUUUUAUCUCCCAUAAUAGCCUGCUCUUCAAAUUUAUUGCACUGAUUUAUUUUGCUGUCGUAAAUAGGACUUAUUUUUGAAAUGUGAAAUAAUUUAAUGGUAAUACACUUUAAUAUAACUAAAACAGUCUAUUUUAA